GCGAGUCUUGUAUCUCCACCUGCUCUCGCAUACCUGUCCCGGCUUCUCAGACCUUGACCAUCGCCGAGCCAUGAAGACCACGGUGAGCGUGAUGAGGCUGCUGCUGCUGGUGGUGCUGGCCAUGGUGCUGUCGAUGACGGACCCUACGGAGGCACGUCCAGACAUACCACAGCCGCUGACUACCUGCCUUCGACACUGUCUGUGCAACACAAAUGGCUGCAAACUCUGUUUCGCAGCUGUGGAAGACGGCACCACCACGACCUAUGCAGGCCUUGGCGCGUGUCUUGACGCGGUGACUGAUAUUACACCUUUGACCAACAACACAGAAUGCAUCCCUCGAAGCCGACCCAUAGGAGGAAACCACGAACCCACGACCCUGAACGUUAUCUACGAACGCUGUUUGUGUGAGGACAUCCAGGGGACAACCACGUGCAACGCCUGCUUUGAUAGGGUCGACGCUGGCACCAUAACUACAUAUGAAGAACUUGGAGCCUGUCUGGACGCUGUAGCACCUGCUCUGUCCAGCGACAUAACAUGUAUCGGCUGCAAUCAAGGCUAAAAUAGAGACUGGUGGAGCCCUUGGCAUGUUACCAUCGGCCACGCACUACUUCUCGAAAUCAGGUUACACUGAGAAGGGAACGAUGGCCUGACCGAACCCAAGACCACGGCUACCAAUGAUGUUACUGCUGGCACCACCAUCACCACUACUAUCUACUACUACUACUACUACUACUACUACUACUACUACUACUACUACUUCAUCUCUUCUCAACGGCAGCAUGCAUGGAAUUCCACAAGAUGCGAGCAUAGCACAUCCACAAGCACCACUACUAAAUUGAAGAAAAAAUACCAAUGCUUAAAGGUUCUCAAGUCUCCAGCCCUGUUAGGCCCCUUUCACACUUGCGGGCGAGGCCCUCGUCCGCGCUUACAAUACAUAAAGCGGACGCGGGCCUUCAGGUAUCCUUUCAGACGGCGCGGGUGAAAACUGGCCGCCACCCGCAGGAAGGUGGAAGGAGGCAGGAGAAAGACAGGAAAAUAUAUGGAAAACCAGGGAAAGCAAGGUCUUUUGGAGGAAAGGAGAGACAAAAAUAAAGCUGGAGGAGGAAGGGAGAUAAAGGAAUAAAAUUGAUAAAAUGAAAGACCAAAAAUUAAUAUAGAUGGCAGAGCAAAAAGAGAAAAUGGGAAAAAGGAGAGAAGGGAGAAGGAAGAUGAGGAAGUAAACACGAGGGAGAAGAGCAUCAAAAUUUUUCCUAUAAAUAAAGUUAAAAAUAAAAAGUGAAACAGGAAAAUGAACGCACAACAAAUCACAUUGAAACCAACCAGAAUACUGAAUGAGUUUUCUUUGGAGAGAUACGCGGGCCACGGGCAUCGCCCGCGCCGUGUGAAAACACACAAUGAACACUGUAUGUACCCUUUGCUGCUAUGCGCGGACGCGGGCCCGCAGAUGACCCAAGAGGGGCCCCGAGUUGAAUUUCGCCCGCGCGCGGGCGACGUCCACGGCGUGUGAAAGGUUCCAUAGAAAACAUCAGUCAUAAGUUGACGCGCGUCCGCGUUAUAAGCGCGGACGCGGGCCUGGGCCCGCAAGUGUCAGUUCUUUAAUUGUUUGUCUAUCUGCCAGUCUGUCUUCCGGCACACUUUCUGUUCUUGAUUUGCUUUGAAAAAUAAUAAAAAUGCA